GCGGUAUUGAUCCUACUAAUACGGGGCAUAAUUAUUGUAAAACGAAAAUCGGUCGGUCAAUCGUUCCGCAGCAAUCGGGUUCGAAUAACCGACCAACAGAAUACAGGUACGAAAGAGGCUGUAAAGUGGGUGCUAGUUUCUCCCGAAGGGCCAGAAGGCCUUUACGUACCAGAUGUGAUAUUAUUCAUCACAUAGUUUGGGACGUCCCAAAUAGGUCGCAUAUUCUACUUAAACUUAUUGAAAUAAAUCAUGAUGAAGAACUUCAAGGUCAAUAUCCGUAG